AAUUAUGUGGGUUAUAAUUAAUGGACAUUUUUUGUAGGGGUUGCUACAUUUUUUGUUAGGGCAAAUCAAAUAAGACAUUUGAAACUGGAAAUUCCAAACUUUAGAAGCCUUUUAGUACCUUGAAUACACUAUAUGUUUCCAUUUCCUGCUGUGCAGGAAAAUUCUCUGUAACAAAAGAGUGAUCAAUUUAAGAUCUUACAUCUGUAGCUACUUCUGUUAUGUAAUUUAGUAGUAGGUUAACAGGUGUAUUCAUUCCGGAGCAAGACGCCUGCAUGCAUUCAGUCUGAAUAAUGCCACUUCUCCCUUCUCAAGAGCCAACCCGUUCUACCACUUGGAAAUAGGCUAAGGCCCAACUACACCCUGAUGACAUGGAAUUGUCAGCUGAUCUUCACACAAUGUUUAGUUCUGUUGGUUCAUGUUUUCACAUAGUAGGCUAGGCACACUCACACUCAUUGCUACAGUGCUAUAGGCUAUGUUGUUGCUCUCCAUCUUCUAGACUUCAGCUCCUUCUUGUGUAAGGGAACCUUUUCAGUUGACGGAAGGAAGGAUGAAGGCAGACCAGGAAGCUCCUCCCCCCUCCCCCGGAUUGGAGGAUUUGGCGAUCCGGUGUCGGGAAGUGUGUCGGUCGUACGGGAAACUCAAAGUCCUGAGUAAUCUCAACUUGACCGUGCCACAGGGACACAUCUACGGCCUGCUGGGUCCGAGUGGAUGUGGGAAGACCACGCUGUUGAAAUGCAUUCUGGGAACACUGAAGAUCUCCCGAGGGCACAUCAGCGUGUUGGGGAAGCCGCCAGCAUUUCCUGGACACCAGGUCCCUGGGAGGAUGGUGGGGUACAUGCCACAGGACCUGGCGUUGUACAAUGAGUUUUCUAUCAGUGCCACCCUGACGUUCUUCGGACGGAUCCACGGCCUGUCAGCUACGGACACCCAGGCACGCAUGGACUUCCUGGUGGACUUCCUGGACCUACCUCACAACAGCAGCCUGGUUGGAAAACUCAGCGGAGGGCAGAAACGGAGGGUGUCUCUGGGAGCAGCCUUACUUCAAAACCCCCAGUUAUUGAUUCUGGAUGAACCCACAGUCGGGGUGGACCCUGUGCUGAGAGCCAAGAUCUGGCAGCAUCUAGUAGAGAUUGUGAAAACUGGAAAAGUAUCAGUCGUCAUCACCACUCACUACAUCGAGGAGGCCAGGCAAGCCAAUGUGGUGGGUCUGAUGAGGAAUGGCCGAAUGUUGGCCGAGGGGGAACCAGAAACCAUGAUGAAACAGAACAGUGCUGCGACUCUGGAGAAAGCUUUCCUUCAGCUGUGUGAGACAUCUGACUACCAGGUGAGCUCCAAACACAGCACCUACCCUCAGGGUGGGGUACUAGAGAGCGGCCAAUCACUCGAGAGCGGCCGGGAAGAGAGUCAACCAAUCCUGGGAGUCGGGCCGGGACCAGUUGAAGAGCUGCCCAAAUACUCAGCGGACUGGAAGGUACAAGUCAAGCAUGUGAUGCCAAAGUGGAGGAACAUCGCAGCUCUGAUUAUCAAGACCAUGGUGCGGAUGAAGAGAAUGCCUGGGUCCCUGUUUUUUCAGUUCCUGCUGCCAGUCAUGCAGAUCUCUCUGAUGUGUCUGUGUAUCGGAGGAGACCCCAAAGGAAUACAGGUGGCUGUGGUAAACAAUGAGACCUCCUCCAGCUCCUUCAGCCAAUCCCUGCUCUCCUUCCUAGACAACUCCAGCGUGCAACAGGUCAUGCCGGUGAUCCAGCGUCAGGUCUCUAAGGAGGUAGUGGAUGGAGGGUCGGUGCACGUCUGGUUGGACCUGACCAGUAAGCUCUCACUCCGCAGUCUGCUGGCCUGUGACAGUGUUCCAGAAUCUUUGUCCCGUUUCUCUUUCCAGUUUGAGGAGCCCAUCUAUGGCAGCAUGAACUCAGACUUCACCACGUUUGUGACACCAGGAGCCGUUCUGAGCAUCACUUUCUACUUGGCAGUGGGCUUGACGGCUCUCUCCUUCGUGAUAGAGAGGAAGGAGGGGCUAAUGGAAAGGUGCUGGGUCUCAGGUGUGAGUUCAAUGGAGACCGUGCUGGCGUAUCUCAUCUCCCAGCUGAUUAUCAUCAGUGUCCAGAUCGUUCUACUACUGAUCUUAAUGCUGCUUGUCUUUAAGAUUCCUAAUGAGGGGAGCCUGGUAUUGGUUAUAUCUCUGAUCGUGCUGCAGGGCAUAACAGGCACUUCCUUUGGUCUGGUCAUCUCAUCCGCCAUCGAUGACGAACAGAACGCCACCCAAGCUGCCCUUGGUAUCUUCUACCCCAACCUCAUCGUCAGUGGUAUAAUCUGGCCUGUGGAGUGCAUCCCCUAUCCACUACGUUACAUCAGUCUGGCCCUGCCCCAGACCUACGCUUCUGAAGCCCUACGAUGCAUCAUGUACAGAGGCUGGGGUCUCUCCAGAAUGAUAGUGUGGCGAGGCUUUGUUGUCACCCAGGGCUGGAACACUUUCUUCGUCAUCCUGGCCAUCGUCAUCCUCAAGCUGAGGAUGUGAGACGCCUACCAAGGGAAGAUGUGUGCGUAUGUAGUGUAUGUGAGUGUGGGAGGUUUUUGUGUGGGAGUGUCAAUGUGGUGUUUGUAAGUGAGUGUGUAUAUGGUGUGUGUAUAUAUAGUCUAGUGAGUGUGUGUGUAGGGUCAGUGCAGAUAGGGUAACUUUCCCCCUCAGUCACCUUAGAUUGAGUAGCCAAACUAUCUAUUUGUCACUCACAAACCAAUCAAAAUGCCUGAAAUGUGCGUCUGGAUACUGCACCCGCCCACUCAGGUGUUGUGAGUGUAAUCACCGUCAGAAGAGUGAUCAUCGCCUGAGGACUAUUAUUGUGGACAAUAACAUGAAUGGGUAUAAUACGUUUACAGCAGGAUUCUACUGUACUGCCGUUAUAAGUCUAAUGUUAGUGUGUUUUCCCGAUACUGCUUUGCAUGUUGUUGAUAGUUAAUUGCCAGUAUUGCAUUGGUUGCACAGGUGUUUUAUGUGGGAGAUUUGUUGUACUGGUAACACAAGGGUCGAAUUGUUAAAAGUUAAGAAGGGGCAUGCUUUUUUGUCAAAGCAGCUGUUAGGGUCAGAGUUAUGCGUAGCCUCAUUAGACUUAUUUUCAAACGCACAACUAGGUUGCCUGACAACUCACACUGAAUAAUUCCGCUGCUCUAUGUUCGCUACAUAUUUCAUUGCGGAGAAGGAACUAACGUCCGUGGGCGUGGCGUAGCUUUUGGCCAGGGCAAGGAUUUUGGGUAGUCAGGCAAACUAGGUAUAUGUGUUGUUUCAUGUCUUUCUAGAAUGCCCUUUUAAGAAAUAUUAAUUGGGAAAAUGUUUGGUCUCUUUCUCAGAAGUUUCUUUUAACUAAUAAGAUGAAAUAAGUUUCAUAUAAAUUAAUCCACAAGUGCUACCCUACUAAACACUAUCUUGAAGUUUAAAAAAAUACAUUGAUGUUUCUUGUACCUUCUGUAAUGAUCAACUGGAGACUGCUUCACAUUUAGUUUGGUAUUGCUCUUAUACCAGGAAGCUGUGGCAAGAUAUCUGGAGAUUGUUUUCGAUCAUAAACAUUUCCUCUUCUACUUGAAAAUGUGAUAUUUGGUUUUAAAAGUAUAGCAAAGUCUUUCUUCUUAAAUCAACCUCAUUGUUAUUUUAACUCAAUUCCAUAUUCAUAAAUGUAAAUGACUGAGUCAAAAACCUCUUUACUGUUUUUGAGAAUGAAAUUGAACAAUAUAUAAACAACAUUUCUUCUUCUCAUGACAUAAAAGCAAACAAAAGGUUGAGUGUCAUUUUGACAAGGUGUUUACAUAAUGUAUGGUCUGUAUUACCCUGACGGUUGUUUUCCAUGUUUGGAUACUCGGUUGUGUACUCUGUUUGUUUUUCUAUAUGGGUUUUCUUUUACAAUACAAUAAAAAAGACAACUAGG